AUGCAGAAUCAAAAUGCUGCCAUCAAGAAACUGGAGACACAAAUUGGUUAUCUAUUCAAGCAGCUUUCUAACCACAACCUUUGCAAUGAUAACAAUUCAAGCAAAGAGGAGGAGUGUCAAGCUAUAACACUUAGGAGUGGGAAGGAACUUAAGGAACUCUCCCAAAAACCACAAGAAGAAGGCUCAAAUGAAAAGGGAGAAGAGCAAGAUGGAGUUCAAACUCUCACUUCAAGUCCACAAAAAGAAAAAGGGAUGCCAAAACUGAACACCUCAAGAGCUCCAUAUCCUCAGCAGUUGAAGAAAAAGGAAGAUGACAACCAGUUCCACAAACUACCCCAGAAGUUGAAGGAUCAUGGGAGCUUUCAGAUCCCUUGUAUUAUAGGGGAAAUCACAGUAGAGAAGGCCCUUUGUGACUUAGGAGCCAGCAUCAAUUUGAUGUCAGUAGCAAUGAUGAAGAAGAUGAAGAUCGAAGAGUCUAAACCAACAAAAAUGGCCUUACAACUGGCAGACCGAUCGUUCAAGUUCCCUCAUGGCAUAGUAGAGGAUUUGUUGGUGAAAGUAGGAGACUUCAUAUUCCCGGCAGAUUUUGUAGUGUUGGACAUGCAGGAGGAAGCCAAGACCUCCAUUAUUCUGGGAAGGCCGUUCUUGGCUACUGCUGGAGCUAUCAUUGAUGUCCAAAAAGGUGAUCUUACCUUGAGAUUACACAAUGAAAAGAUGACAUUCAAUGUGUUCAAGGCCAUGAGUUGCCCACCAGAACAAUUGGGGGAAUGCAUGAGGUUAGACGCACUUGAAGAAGAAGUGCAGGAGUGUUUUGAAGAAGAAGAGCAUGAAGAGCCUGAGAGAUCAAUGGAGGAGGAGUAUAUAUCAAGUGAGGAUGUUGCAACAGCAGAGAGUCAUGUUCAAGAUGCACCAAAGGAAGAGACUGAAAAGUCAGAGGAACCCAAGGUUGAACUCAAAGCAUUGCCACCCACUCUCAAAUAUGCAUACCUAGGAGAAAAUGAAAACUACCCAGUGAUCAUAAGCUCAUGCCUCAGCCAAGAUCAAGAGGAUAAACUGCUCAAGGUGCUGCGGGAGCAUAAGGACGCCAUCGGAUGGACCCUUGCUGACCUGAAGGGAAUCAGUUCAGCUAUACACAUGCAUAAAAUAUUGUUGGAAGAUGAUGCAAAACCAUCCAUUCAAUCCCAAAGAAGGCUGAACCCAAUCAUGAAGGAAGUGGUACAGAAAGAGGUUAUGAAGCUUUGGCAAGGAGGAGUAAUAUACCCGAUCUCAGACAGCCCUUGGGUCAGCCCCGUGCAUGUUGUGCCCAAGAAGGGAGGAAUCACUGUGGUUCCCAAUGAGAGGAACGAACUGAUACCUACAAGGACCGUCACAGGAUGGCGGAUGUGCAUUGACUAUCGGAAACUCAAUGAAGCUACACGAAAGGAUUAUUUCUCUCUCCCAUUUAUGGAUCAGAUGUUGGAAAGACUCGCAGGACAUGCUUAUUACUGUUUUCUUGAUGGAGGAAUAGUUCUUGGCCAUAAGAUUUCUAACCAAGGAAUCGAAGUGGACAGGGCUAAAGUGGAACUUAUUGAAAAGCUUCCUCCACCCAGUGAUGUCAAGGCAAUUAGAAGCUUUUUAGGGCAUGCUGGCUUUUACAGAAGAUUUAUUAAAGAUUUUUCAAAAAUAGCUAAGCCCUUGAGUAAUCUCCUUGUAUCAGAUACACCAUUCAUCUUCGAUGAAACCUGCAUGUUGGCAUUCGAGCAUUUGAAAGAAAGAUUGUCCUCUGCCCCUAUCAUCUCCCCACCUGAUUGGAGCUUACCCUUUGAAUUGAUGUGUGAUGCAUCUGACUUUGCAGUAGGGGCAGUGUUAGGACAGAGGAAAAAUAACUUAGCCCAUGUAAUAUACUAUGCUAGCAAGGUCCUCAAUAAUGCUCAAAGAAAUUAUACCACUACUGAAAAGGAAUUGCUAGCCAUAGUUUUUGCAUUUGACAAGUUUAGAUCGUACCUCAUUGGUGCUAAAGAGUUUGAUAUUGAAAUCAGAGACAAGAAGGGAGUGGAGAACAAGGUGGCAGAUCACCUAUCCAGGAUUCCUCAUGAGGAAGGGGGAACACAUGAUAUUAGUGUGAACGAGCUCUUCCCUGAUGAGCAGUUAAUGACAGUGCACAAAGCCCCAUGGUUUGCAGACAUUGCCAACUUCAAGGCAACUGGGGCUCUACCUCCAGGGAUCAAUAAACAUCAAAAGAGGAAGCUCAUGAAUGAUGCAAAAUACUUUGUCUGGGAUGAGCCUUAUCUCUUCAAGAAGUGUUCAGAUGGAAUCCUUAGAAGAUGUGUCUCAGAAGAGGAAGGACGAGAGGAUGCCAAAGAACUGGUAAGGAGCUACAAUGAAUGCCAAAGAUCUGGGAACUUGCCCAAAAGAAAUGCCAUGCCACAGAAUUUUAUUUUGGAACUGGAAGUAUUUGAUGUGUGGGGAAUAGAUUUCAUGGGACCAUUCCCAACCUCAUGUGCAAACAAGUACAUCUUGGUAGCAGUGGAUUAUGUGUCCAAAUGGGUAGAGGCCAUUGCAACCCCAACAAAUGACAACAAAGUGGUCAUGAACUUCCUCAGGAAGAAUAUCUUCAGCCGGUUCGGAGUCCCAAGAGCCCUCAUCAGUGAUGGAGGGAGCCAUUUUUUGUAA